CGCUCCCGCGCCACGCAGCUCGACGAAUAGGAGCGCGAGCAGCAGGGCUCGGCGCCGACUCCCCUCCGUGGAUGAAAACCCGUUGCGCGAGCUGCGGGGAUCGGGACGCGCACCAGCGGACCCGCUACCAGAGCCUGCGAGGCCGGCGCGCGCUACCCCUCGGGUCCUGUGCGUGCUCCUGACUGCAGCCACCCAGCCGGCGCGCGUUGUCGUCCGGCCCCGAUGGCUCCCGAGACUCCGGCCCAGGGGCAGACCCCCGCCCAGGGGCAGACCCCGCGCUACUUCACCUGGGACGAAGUGGCGCAGCGCUCUGGGCGUGAAAAAGAGCGGUGGCUCGUGAUUGACCGAAAGGUGUACAACAUCAGCGAAUUCGUCCGCCGGCAUCCCGGGGGCUCCCGGGUCAUCAGCCACUACGCGGGGCAGGAUGCCACGGAUCCCUUUGUGGCGUUCCACAUCAACAAGGGCCUUGUGAGGAAGUAUAUGAACUCCCUCCUGAUUGGAGAGCUGUCUCCGGAGCAGCCCAGCUUUGAGCCCACUAAGAAUAAAGAGCUGACUCAUGAGUUCCGGGAGCUGCGGGCCACGGUGGAGCGGAUGGGGCUCAUGAAGGCCAACCGUGUCUUCUUCCUGCUGUGCCUGCUGCACAUCCUGCUGCUGGACGUCGCCGCCUGGCUCACUCUCUGGCUCUUUGGGACGUCCUUCGUGCCCUUCCUCCUGUGUUCCUUGCUGCUCAGUAUAGUUCAGGUCCAGGCUGGCUGGCUGCAGCAUGACUUUGGACACCUGUCCGUCUUCGGCACCUCUAAGUGGAACCACCUGAUACAUCAUUUUGUGAUCGGUCACCUGAAGGGGGCCCCUGCGAGCUGGUGGAACCACAUGCACUUCCAGCACCAUGCCAAGCCCAACUGCUUCCGCAAAGACCCCGACAUCAACAUGCACCCCUUCUUCUUUGCCCUGGGGAAGGUCCUCUCUGUGGAGCUGGGGAAACAGAAGAAAAAGUACAUGCCCUACAACCACCAGCACAAAUACUUUUUCCUGAUUGGGCCCCCAGCCUUGCUGCCUGUCUACUUCCAGUGGUAUAUUUUCUACUUCGUUAUCAAGAGGAAGAAGUGGGUGGACUUGGCCUGGAUGAUCACCUUCUACGUCCGCAUCUUCCUCACUUACAUGCCGCUGUUGGGACUGAAAGGCUUCCUGGGGCUUUUCUUCAUGGUCAGGGUCCUGGAAAGCAAUUGGUUUGUGUGGGUGACACAGAUGAACCACAUCCCCAUGCACAUUGACCAUGACCGCAACAUGGACUGGGUCUCCACCCAGCUCCAGGCAACAUGCAACGUCCACAAGUCAGCCUUCAAUGACUGGUUCAGUGGCCACCUCAACUUCCAGAUUGAGCACCAUCUUUUCCCCAUGAUGCCUCGACACAACUACUACAAAGUGGCCCCUCUGGUGCAGUCCCUGUGUGCCAAGCAUGGCAUAAAGUACCAGUCCAAGCCCCUGCUCUCAGCCUUCGCUGACAUUGUCCACUCACUGAAGGAGUCCGGGCAGCUUUGGCUAGAUGCCUAUCUCCACCAGUAACAGUCACCUCCCUCUGCAAGAAGGGUUAUGGCGCCAAAGCAGACGGAGGCUUGAGGGCAAUGCCACUAUAAUCCUAAUAUCCAGAGGGGAUGGGUUUGAGGAGACAACAGGUUUGCACUCAAACCCCUCCCCUUUAUUUUCCAGGCAUAGAUCUAAGACCCAAAGGGGUAGAGGGAAACACACAAGCCCCCUGAAAGGAGGGGUGGAGCUUCUGGGACAGGGCUGUGAAUUUUCUUUUUUUUGUUUGGCAGGUGCAGGUGGCUGGUGAGCUAAGAGGGAGGCGGGAGGGUGUGAGAAUAGGGAAGGUCUACUGAGCCCAGAAAUCAGGAAGAGAUUUAGCACUGAAAUCUCACCCAGGAAAGGGAGGUGCUCAGCCCACUGGCCCACUUCUCGGUGCCUUCUCUACCCUGGCUUGCAAACCUCAAGAGGUUCACAGGCUGGAGGAAGACAGAGCAGCUGAACCGCAUGGGCAAGAUUUAGAAUUCUGAGGCCUGGCAUAGUGCGGGGCCUGGGAGCUCAGCUCACUCUAGGGCUAGGUAUGACCCUUGUCUGCUUCAGACUCCUCAGGAAGCAGUUUUUCCACUUUGAGAAGCAGGGUGGUGGGGGGAGCAGAGGCCAGGGCUGUGCUAUUGGAGGCAUCCAGCCCUGAAGGAUGCUAACACUACUGCAUUUGGUCUCAUGUUCCAUCUAGGGUACCAAGGGAACAUGAGGCUGCCAGUGGGGUCGCUGGCCAUUAAAAAUCCUUUCAGCUUUUGAUUGACCUCUUAACUGUCACCCAAGGGACAGAACACUCGUAGGAUGGGGCAUCUACUUGCUCCAUAAGCAAGUUGCGCACGUGCAGCACUCAGUCUUCUCCAUAGAAACAAACGGGGGCUCCCAGUGGUUUCCCUGUACUCCCCUACUUCUAAUUCCAAAUUUAGUAAAAAUAGCAGUCAAGUGAGCGCAAGCGACCAGGCCAGGGGAGAGACUGGAAUCACCAGGCAUGAUGAAAACACAAGAGUUCAGUCAAAGAACAUAAGGGCUGUGAGAGAUUUUCUGUAACAAAUUAUGUUACAGCAUCACUUUUGAGCAGGGGCAUUGGGUAAAUAUAAUGACUUCAUAGUUCUUAUCAAAAAUAGGAAGGUAAAAAACAGAAGUCUGACCAUCAAGGCUGUCCUUUAGAACCCUUACUCUGGCAACUGUAUUCAAGUGUCUUUCUCUGCUGGAGACCAGGUAGGAAUUUAGGAGAAUCUCUUAAAAGUGUAUCAGUCUAACACUGAAAUACAAUUUUUUAAUCUCGUUUUUUUUUUUUUUAAAGAGUGAAAACAGUUUAACCCAUCUCUAGAGAGGGAACCCCAGGACUGUGCCCCAUGGUUUAUCAGCAUUCACAUCCCCACCCCCUUAGCCUUUCAGUUCAGGUGAGAUCAAUUCACCUGUUCAACAGCAUCUUCUCUAAGCAUAUUGAGUAUUCUGGACACUGCAAAGAGAGAACCUUAAACUAGAAGAAAAAAGCAGAGGCCUAGGAGCAGUCACGUUUAGUUUAGGAAGAGAAUGGCAAAGAGAUGAGAGUGAUAAUCAGGGCGAUGAAGGGCCUAGGGCAUGUUGGGGUGGGGUCAGAGGCACCACCCACCCAACAGGGUUUGCUGUUACUUAGACUUUUACAAACACACACACACACACACAGGAAACCAGGUUACAGAUUUUAGAUCUUUUCCACUGGGGCAGAACAAUUGAUAAGCAGAAUUGGAGAGUCUACUUCCACUGGCUCCUUCACUCUAGAAUAGGUGCUAAACCCAGCCUAUCAAGCCAUCUGGCUUUGGGCCCAGGCUGCCCAAUCUGAGCAAAGCUAAUAGGUCUUACUGAGCCAAGUCCAGGUCCUCAAAGCACCUCAACCACUGUGGCCUUCUCUCCUUAGUCUGGCCCAGUGUGGUCUCACAUGGCCACAAAGGGACAGACGAGUAACAGAAAGCUCAGAGCUGCAAGAUAACGUGAGUGAUCUGACAAUGACAGGAUCCACACCGUAACAGGAGAAAACAGGAUUAGAGAGGAUAAGUUGCCUCUCUGGUCAUAGAUGUGGCAGAACUAACAUUUGAACUCACUUUUUAAAAACUCCAACUUCUAGGCUGUCUGUUACUUUCAUCUUCCUACCACUCUGCCAUAGGCAUUUUAAGUAGACCCUGUGUCAGUAUCCUUUUCGUGUGUACCAAUUUUGUUACCACAUGCUGAUGAAGUCAAACUGAGAAAUAAAAGUUAAUUUGGAUCAAACAAA